AUGUUCCGUCAUUUGGUCACCUGCAGGACAGCACUUUGUACCGCUCUUUCAUUGUCUAAUUGGUUCAGUAAACUAACAUUGUACCGGCUGGUACACCUACAGGUUGGUGAUAGUGCUGAGAUCACCAAGACCUUCACCCAGAAUGAUGUUAAGCUCUUCUCUGAACUGACUGGUGAUACAAAUCCCCUGCACCUGGAUGAGGCAUUUGCCAAGAACACAAGAUUUGGGAAGCCCAUUGUCCAUGGUAUACUCCUUAAUGGUUUGGUAUCUGCCGUUCUGGGCACUAAAUUGCCGGGGGAGGGCUGUGUGCUCGUUUCCCAGGACAUUAGCUUCACAGCACCUCUCCAUGCCGGGCAGGAGGUGGUGGCAAGAGCAGAAGUGAAGACGUUAAAGAGAUCCGUGGUGUUUAUGAGUGUGUCAUGUAUUGCAACGGAAAGUGGACAGACUCUUAUGGAAGGGACUGUUAAAUUGUUAAUUCCUGAGAACUAAUUGUGCUGCCGUGAAGUCAUUUUGAAAGCAGUGUGUUAACUAAUGACAUGCAUGCAAAGUGCAACUAAACACACCAAUCCUUUUCUUCAUGAUUUCAGGAGGGUUUGUUGUCUCACGGAACGUGUCUGUUUCUGCUAUAGAGCAUUGUAAUCUGUGUUAGAACCAUUGCCACUUUUGUGGUUACGGAUACCUGUUCUUUUUCAGUGAUAAUAAUAAAAGUUUAUUUUGUGUGCACAACAAA